AUGAACGAGGCCAGGCAGCAGGACGAGAUCGAGCUGCUCCAGUCUAUAUAUGGUGACAUAUUCACAGAUUUGACGUCCAAGGCAAAAGUAUGGAACCAGACUCCGAGCCCGCAUUUCCAGGUCCAUCUUCUGUCCCAUAUCAAUCCAGACCGGCCGGUGGUGUCUUUGGUGUUGGAUAUUCAGUUUACGCCUACGUAUCCUACGCUGUCGCCAUUGGUGAAGGUGGUGGAGCCGAAGAACUUGUUGAAGGCUCGGAUUGCUCUUAUCGAGGGUAAGGUGCAAGAGGUGAUCAAAGAGUACCAGGGCGAAGAGAUCUGCUUCACGGUGAUUAUGGAUGUCAAGGAGAUGCUUGAUGAUUUCCAGCAGACUACCGAGGAGGUGCUUUCUUUGGAAGAAGAGCGUACGAGGCGUAUGGAGCAGCAGAGGAAGCAGUUGGAGAAGGUUGAACAAGAACAGCUCCAGCGUGAACAACUGGCACAGAGAAAGAGAGAGCAUGAAGUCACACAGCAGCUUCAGAAACUACGAGGUGAUUACCCAGAAUCUCGUGAUAACAGUACGAUGGGUUCGUUUUCCCAGUCUGGGAAGGAUCUGGAUGAUGAUCUAGAGGACGAAAAACGGUCCUUGAUUCCGGUUUCUGUGGAUAACACUUUUAUUUUCGAUAACACACUUCAUGGGUACUGUGAACAGACUCGAACGAAGUUCCUGUUUAGGGCUGUUCAAGGGUUUGUUCCGUAUAACGCAAAGAACUUGCUUCUGAGCAUCAGCUCCCAGUACAUUGUCACUCCAUACGUGCCGCAGGCGGUAGUCAAGGGAGCGGGAAGUAAGCUUGAUGUGUGCUACUUGCUCCAUGUUAUACAACUUGACGAUACUUACUGGCUGACGAACCGUGGUAAAAAGGAUAUCCGUGAACUAGAACACCAGCUUGAACAGGCCAUGAACGUCAAUGUCAAUGAGAUUUUGAACGUACAUGGUUUCCAGAUUGACCAGGAUCCAGAUAAUCACUCCAAAUGGACCAUUAGAGUGCUUACUGAGUUCUCCCCUAGCAUGCAAACGUUGGAUGAAGUGCUCCAAACAGCUGACGCUGUCAAUUGGACGCUAGCUCGUUCUUGGCUCAUCCAACUUUUGCCCACAUUAGAGCUUCUUCAUGAUGUUUCGCUCCCACACUGCCUCCUUUGCCCAUUAAGCGUCAUGCUUGCACAAGCUAAUCCAAGUGAAGACUCGACUCUGCGCAAAUACCUCAAGUUGUGCCAUCCCAGAUACGGCUUAACUGCAUUGCAAAUGUUCCACAGAUCAUCAUCGUCAUCAUUUCUAGAACACUUCAUUCCCAAAAACUGGCUAGAUCCAGAUACAUCUGCAGGGUUGAUCAAAACCGAUAUCUGGGAUCUUGGUGUGCUAUUUGCUAGGGUAAUGCUUGGCUACAACGUACUUACAACUGAGUUUAAAACGCCUGACCUGUUCCUUCGAGAUUUCGAUGUUGACGAAUAUGCUGGGUAUGAAGAAUACGCCGAGCGUGUUCACGAUAUGCUCAGCAAAAUGCUUCAACCAAAGGCUUCCAAAAGACUAAGUCUUAUGGAGUUGAAUGCCGUGAAGUUCUUCCGUGCGGGCAUUGACAUGAAUGUUCCGUCGACAUCUUUUGCAUUUGCUAACCACGACGAUGAUAAUGGAAAUGAUAAUGAUGGAGCAGAACCUUCUCAAUACCGCAGUGUCUUCUUUGAUACAUCAAGACGUAACACAACUGCUCACAGCACACGCAGAAGGUACUCCAAUAACAAUCCAACGAUGAUGAAUGCAAACCAUGAAUCAAUUGCUCUGGUGAAUCGUGACUCGAGAUACGAAACUGAAUUUGAAGAGGUUGGUAAACUUGGAAAAGGUGGAUUUGGUGAAGUCGUCAAGGCUCGAAACAGAAUGGAGGGUACAUUUUAUGCAAUCAAAAAGAUCAGACACAGGGCAGAUAAACUAGAGGGUCUUUUAAGUGAAGUUCUUUCGUUAGCAAGACUCAACCAUCAAUACAUUGUUAGAUACUAUGGAUGUUGGGUUGAGGAAGAUCUUGACCAGGAUACUGCCAUCGAUGACGACGAUGAUAGUCUCGAUAGAGGUACAGAAAGCAGUUCGUUGUUUACUGACGAUGUAAAUGUCAGGUCAUCUUCGUUCUUGAGUCGAGAGAAUUCCUUUCAGGUUGACUACUUCACCAAUUCUCUUGACCCGCUGUUGGAGUACAAUGAUGAUGACUUUGAUGAUAGAAUUGUGUUUGCUAAUAGCUCAGACGAGGAAGAAAGAUCAGAUAAUGACAACGCUGUUGAAGAUACUUCAGGCGAAGAGAGCGAUUCUACGGUCGACGAGUUAUCUGUACAGAAACCACCACCUUCAAAGCCAACUCCAUCAAAGGCCCAACCAAAGUCUAUCCUUUACAUUCAAAUGGAGUUCUGUGAGAAUAAUACCCUUCUGGAUAUCAUUGAACGUGGUCUUCCUGCAAAUCCAAAUGAAUACUGGCGUCUUUUUAGACAGAUUCUUGAGGCAGUUUCCUACAUUCACAGCUCAGGGUUCAUUCACAGAGACUUGAAGCCCACAAAUAUCUUUAUUGAUAAAUCCAACAACGUCAAAGUUGGUGACUUCGGACUUGCAAAGAAUUCGAGAUUGUAUUCCAUGAUCCUGGACAACAACCAAGUUGCACAAACUAGCAAUAAGGAUCUUUCUACAGUUGUUGGUACGUUCUUCUACACCGCCAACGAAGUUGCUUCUGGAGACUAUAACGAAAAAGUCGAUAUGUAUUCGUUGGGUGUCAUCUUCUUCGAGAUGUGCUAUAAACUUGGUACCGGUAUGGAAAGAGCCAUGGCGUUGAACAACCUUAGGCUUGAGAACGUCCAGUUCCCAUCCAACUUCCACGGAGGUAAUCGUUCCACUGAGCGAACUAUUGUUCGUCAGCUCUUGGAUCAUGACCCUAACAAACGUCCAGGUGCAGCCAAACUUCUACAAAGUGGUUUAUUGCCCGUUGAGCAUCAAGAUGAAGUUAUUAAGGAAGCAUUGAAGUCUUUGGCUGAUCCAGCGUCUCCAUGGCAACAGCAAGUUAGAGAAACACUUUUCAAUCAACCAUACCUGUUGGCAAGAGACAUGAUGUUUGAUAAGCUUGGAAAGAGCUCUCAUAGUAAGGCUUUGGACCAUUCGGAGAACGACUACCUUGUCUUUAACGCUACACUUGACGAGUUAUUCAGAAUUUUCCGUAACCACGGAGCCAUUAGAGAUUUUGAUGGAAGUUACCUUCUCCCAAAACUGUCGGUCGAUACAAAAGAUCAAGUUUAUGAGAUUCUCGAUAGAAGUGGAUCUGUACUUACACUUGCCUACGAUCUUUUAUUGCCUAUGGCAAGAUUCUUAAGCAGAAAUGAUCUCGCCAUUACAAAGCUUUGCAGACAUGAGUUUGUUUACAGACCGAACGUUCGUGGUAUCGGUGUUCCUGAUAAGUAUAGUGCAGUCGCUUUUGAUGUUUUCAGUCAAGACAAGCGGACUCUUACAACCGAUUCGGCUGAGUGUGUCAAGGUCGUGGACGAAAUCCUCGACAGCUUCCCUUGUUUCAAAACGAAGAACGCCCAAACCAUCAUUUUAAUCAACCACUCGAAUAUCCUUAAUGCUUGUCUUGAUUUUGCUUUUGGUGGUACAAACACCCCUACUCGUGCAAGACGGAACGAAAUCAUGGGAGUUCUCUCUUCGCUAUUAGUGGAAAGAGGAUCAGAAGAUGUCAAGACGUACCUCAGAAACGAAUUCAAGAUUCAGCACACCGUAGUUAAAGACCUUAUUGAUCAUUUCGACUUCACAGUGGAACCCGAGACAGCUCGAAAGAAGUUACGGAAAGUCUUUAUGGACUCUCCAAUGCUCAAUAAAGUUGAAAGAGCAAUGCAAGAGGUAUUGGAUAUCUUGGCGGUGUUGAAGAGGUUUGGUGUCAAGACAUCAGUGAUGCUUUGCCCUUUGAGUAACUACAAUGCCAGAUACUUUGAAGGCGGUAUAAUGUUCCAGGCUAUUCACAGAAUCGAUAAGCUGAGAAAGUUCUCGAGAGUAAUUACUGGUGGAAGGUACGAUAGGUUGAUUGACUCAAUGCUGAGUGAAGGAAUAGCUACUGCUAGAACUGCCCAUGCGGUUGGUUUCCAGUUGACAUCGACUCUUUUAUUCUUGUUGAUGAAGAAUUCAUUAAAACGAAGUAAGGCAUCUGCUGCGGUGGGUAAAUCCAGGUUAAGAUGGAGAAAGGCUCGUUGUGAUGUCUUGAUUACAUCCUCCCAGGAAGCCAUAAUGAAGGAUUCAGGCUAUUCCCUUCUUCGCCUUCUUUGGUCUCAUGACAUAAGCUGUGAUCUGUUUACUAGCUCUUUCCAGGAUGAGAUCUUGCAGAAGGCUACCGAUGAUGGAUGUAACUGGAUUGUUGUUUUGAAACAAUCACAUCUGAAUAAGAAGACCAAGAAAUCUCAAUUCAAGCCGAUCAGAGUGAAGAACUUGACUGACAAGAAAGACCAUGAUUUGGAUUACGACGAACUCUUAGACUUCUUGCAAAACGAAAUCGAAGAGAGAAGAAGUGAAAUCUUCAACACUGAAUCGUCAAAGCCACAAAGCGAACCUCAAGACGAACAAGGGUCUUCUAGAGUUGGACAGCCACUUUUCAGUAUUGAUCUUGACCAGAAAGUCAAUAUUGUUCCUAAUGAUGCCCCCAGAGGAAGAAAAAAUAACAAGAGAGAGAAAUGGGAGUUGGAUAACGAUGCCAAAGUUGCAGCAGCAUCUAUGAUGAAGGAUUUAGCAGAUGCCUCUAUCAUUACAGUGGAAUCCAACGAUACGACUUUGGACAUGAUUCUGUCUACAUCUUUGCUGCUCCCGUUUGAAGAAUGGUUCAAAAAGCUUUUCUUCACCAACAAAAGUUUACCCAAGAACUACGCCAGCAACAUUUACGAUUGCUUGUGGAAGGAUAGAGCUAAAGGUGUGCAAUGGGCGGUGUUGUAUAACCCCAAGAGCGACAAGACAACCAUUGUUGAUUUACAACGUUAA